AUGGAUGCUCGACUCUCUGACAUAUGCAUCAGUACUUCUGCUGCUCCCACUUAUCUUCCAGGUUACAACUUCAAGAACCAAGACAGCGAAGGAAACGUACAUGAAUUCAACCUCAUUGACGGUGGUGUUUGUGCAAAUAAUCCGACUUUGGUGGCAGUGAAUGAAGUAACCAAGCAGAUAGUUAAUCAGAAUAAUGACUUCUAUGCCAUCAAGCCCAUGGAAUAUAGUCGCUUUCUGAUAAUCUCAUUGGGAACUGGUACGCCAAAGAAUGAACAAAAAUUUGAUGCAAAAAUGGCAGCAAAAUGGGGUCUGUUGAAUUGGUUAACUCAUGGCGGUUGCACUGCCUUAAUUGACAUCUUUAGUCAAGCCUCCGGAGAUAUGGUUGAUUUUCAUAUUGCUACUGUCACUCAAGCGCUUAACUGUCAAGAUAAUUAUCUUCGAAUACAAGAUGAUACAUUGACUGGUAUUGACUCUUCCGUUGAUAUUGCCACCAAAGAGAAUUUAGAAAACCUAUGCAAAAUUGGAGAAAGGUUAUUGAACAAACCUGUGUCUAAGGUCAAUUUAGAGAACGGCAUGUGUGAGCCUGCUGAAAAUCUUGAAACCAACCAAGAAGCUCUUAAAAGGUUUGCAAAAAUACUUUCACAAGAGAGGAAGCUUCGAGAGUUGACAUCUCCUCACACUAACAAGAACUUAAAAUAA